AUGAGCUUGAUCAAGGCUAAGGUAAACCAGUCCGACAUGAAGGAGGCCAUGCAGCAGUGUGCCGUCGACGUGGCCGCUGAGGCUCUCUGCGGAAACAAAAGCCCCGUAGAGGUUGCUACAGCUGUUCGGGAGGCCUUUGACCAAAGAUAUGGCAGCUCAUGGACAUGCAUUGUUGGCAAGGACUUCAGCAGGUUUGUAGUCAAUUCCCAUGUCAUUGUAAUCACACUCGCACCCGUUUUGCACAGAUUUAACAGUUGGUAUUUAAUUUGUGUUUAUUGGGUAAUUUGCGUGCGUAUAUCUUGCUAGUUGACGUCUAACUACCUCUAUCGAAGUCUGACUUACGUUUUUUACCAAGUCGUUGCAACUGUUCAAAUCUUAAAAGUCAUCGUUGAUUUCCCAACAAAGGGUUUCUAUUAUUCUAAAAUCCCACACAACACUUAAAAAUAUACAACAGAUAUCUUUUGAAUGCUUAAGCAAUAAAUUCGCUUAAAAUUGUGUACUUGUCUGAAAAGAAUAUUUUGUACACCUCCGCACCUCACAUGAUGUUUUCUCUUCUAGCAAUUCCGUUAAGCCUUUUUUACUGAUUGCAUUCUACUAGUCUUACUCAAGAUGAGGUAUGCGGAGGGCCACAUAUAUGUCUGUUUGCUUCUUUUGUUCUAGCUCCUUUGCCUACGAAAAGAAGAAGCACAUCUCUCUUGAAAUCGGCGGUCUUCAGAUUCUCCUAUUCAAGAGUGCUUAA